AUGGAGAACGGGAACCUUCCCGAGGCGGGAAGGGAAGUGGAGGAGGCGGAGAAGGAGGCGGGGCGCGCCAAGGAGCAAAGCAAGAAGGGCAAGAAGAAGAAGAAGAAGGGGAGGGGUGGCGGCGGAGGCGCUGGCCCGUCGCAGGAGCCCGAGGAUGAGGCGGAAGAAGCGGGAGAGGGCGAGGCAGCGGCGGCGGUAGAGGAGGCGGAGCUGGCGGCGGCGCUCGAGGAGAGCGCGAGGCUGGAGGGAGCGAGGCCGGUGGUGGAGGAGCGGACGCUUGUCGCUGCGACUGAGGGCGGCUCGCCGUCGGCUGCAGAGGCGCCGGCUCCGAAGGAGGAGGAGGAGCCGCCGGCCGACUUCAUCUGCCCGAUCACGACCGAGAUCAUGGUCGAGCCAGUCGUGGCGGCCGAUGGGCAGUCGUAUGAGCGGACGGCGAUCGAGCGUUGGCUCGCGACCAAGUCGACGAGCCCGCUGACCGGCGGCGAGCUCGAGCAUAGCAUCCUGAUCCCGAACCACAACUUGCGCCGGACGAUUCGAGAGUGGCAGGAGGCGCGGGCGUCACUUUGA